CCGCGUGUGGAUCGGCCGGGUCGGUAGCCGUGCGAUUGGAUGGAUCUAACGCGUGAAAUUAGAUGGCAUUUACGUGGUGGGAUCGAUCUGUCAUUCGCUCGUCCAGGUUGUGGGCUCUCUGCAACUGCCAGCUCGCAGCAUCGGCCUGCUCGCCGUGGGCGUUCCAGUCACAGCCUUUGCAGCACGCGGCAGCGGAACUGCCGCCGCUGGACCUACUGCGCAUCCCCGCUGCAUCCCCGCCAUCGAGCGCCGCCGAUGCUCUUCCACUGCUUUUGGCCGCCGUGUCCUCGCCACCAUGCUCCGCAGCUGGACCGGCCUCCUGAUCGUCACCCCCGUGCCCCACCGCUGUACAUCCUGCCUGCCCCGCCGCCUUGCGUGCUGAUCGCCGCGCCGUCUUGCCGCGGGAGCGUAGGCGCCAGAGGAGACGCGACCCUGCUGCUGCUUUCCCUCGCUGGAACCGCCGAUGCUGCCAUGCCGACACUGCCGCCCGGCGCCAGAGAAGAAGAGCAUUAUGUUGCAAGGAUUCUAGGUGCCUUCGCGGCGCCGGCUCUCAUAGGCUGCAGCCACAACGUCGCCCCACCGCUCGCCUCUGCCACCGUGACCUCGUCACCCGUUGGGUCUCCGUGCAGCCACGGCUGCGCCGCCGACCUCGACACCGUCGUUUCCGGGGGAUUAUGUUGCAAUGAUUCUAGGUGUGCUGUGAGGGGAUUUGCAUGGAUGAUGCAUACGAGAUUUUUGAUGUUGCAAGAGACCAAUGUUGCGAUGAAAUGCUGCAUACAGGAUUUUUGUUGCAUCGAGUUCAUAUCUUGA